AUGGCAUGUAAUCUAUUAUCCUUAUUUCCAAAAGUGUUAACUAUAUCUCUAUAUUGUUAUACAUCUGCCAUUGUUAUAUACUAUGUUUCGUAUAAUAACGUAAUAAUACCCAUUAUAAUCAUAACUAUUUUGGUAAUAGCCCUUUACACAUAUUUGUUAGUAAUUUAUGUUGGUCCUGGGAGCCCAUUAGAUCAUAAGCCACUAAUUAUUAAAAAUCUGGCAAAUGCAGAAAUAGGACUUGAAGAACCACCUUCAUUUAUGACUUUAAAGAAUUACACCCUGAAAAGUGAUGGACGGUUAAGAUUAUGUCGUAGUUGUUUUGUUUGGAAACCGGAUAGAACACAUCACUGUUCUAAUUGUAACCGAUGUUUUUUAAGGAUGGACCACCAUUGUCCAUGGUUUGCAAGUUGCAUUGGUUUCAAAAAUCAAAAAUUUUUUAUUCAAUUUUUGGAAUAUACAACUCUCUACAGUAUAAUAAUAUGCGCAAUUACAUCAAACUUUCUUUAUCAUUGGUUCAAACAAGAAAACUAUGAAAAUGAAGAUAUUAAUCUUCAAGUAGUAUUUGUUUGGCUACUAGCAAUAGUGACUUCUAUUUCUAUGAUUGCAUUUACCUGGUAUUCCAUUUAUCUAGUGGUUAACAAUAUGACCAUUAUUGAGUCGAGCGCUUUAAGAGCACAUAGAGAAGAAUUAGAGAUUUUGCAUGAUAGUGGCCAUCCUGACCCCAUGUUAGCUUCGAGAGCUGUUAAUAUAUUUGAUUUAGGAUCCAAACGUAGAAAUUGGGAUAGCGUCAUGGGUUCCACUUGGAUGGAAUGGCUCUUCCCUAUAACGACCUAUAGACAAAGGUCUAGCAUUGCAAAUGGAUCUUAUGAUGAUCAGGGGCUAUAUUUCCCCGUGGAUAAAAAGCUCAAACGUGAUAUUCAAUUACAAAAUAGGUUACUUACUAGAUUAACACCAAGAUCAUCCAUGGAUGUGUAG